CUGAUAGACGGCACUGACUGGCAUCACUGCUGGGCACUGACUGGCGGCACUGACUGGCACAACCUCUGGGCACUGACUGGUGGCACUGACUGGCAGCACUGCUGGGCUGCACUGGUGGGUGGGCACAGGUGGGUGGCACAGGUGGGUGGCACUGGUGGGUGCACUGCUGGGCACAGGUGGGCGGAGCUAGUGGGCGCACUGCUGGGCACAGGUGGGCGGAACUUGCGGGCGGCACUGCUGGGCACCGAUCAUCAGGGCACCCCGCUCUGACAACUGCCGGUUCUCGGCAGUACUUUCCUCACGAUCUGACAGCGUGAGGAAAGUGCAGCCGAGAACCGGCACUUGCAU